UCCAAAGACAGCAGCCUCCACCACCACCAGCUCGCUCUACUCUGUUCCCCGCACUCUUGGGUUCCAGCUCGCCUCCACCAGUGCCGCCGCCGCCGUCUUCUCAUCCGUCGCCGCCGCUCCCGUCGCGGUCAGGUGUGAGCAGCAGCAGCAGGCCGGGUACGGGAUGGGGAAGAGGAAGAAGGGGGAGGAGGAGGAGCAGGCGGCGGAGAGGAUCCCAGCGACCUACUCCCGGAGGUCCUGGCGCGGGUGCCGUACCGGUCCCUCUGCCGCUUCAAGUGCGUGUCCACGGCCUGGCUGGCGCUCUGUUCCGACCCCGCCGUCCGCAGGAGGUCGCCGCAGACGCUCUCCGGCUUCUUCUGCUACCCGCAUAUCGACGGUGUCAGCGGCCGGCGCGACGAGGGCCUCAGCUUCCUCAACCUGUCCGGGAGGGGCCGGCCGCUGGUCGACCCCUCUCUCCCUUUCUUGGGGAACUACAAGAAUGUCAUUCUCCUAAACUGCUGCGCCGGCAUUCUCCUCUGCCAAGGCUGGAAUAGAACCAUGCAAGUUCCGGAAUACUUCGUGUGCAACCCUGCGACCGACAAGAUCUGGGCAGUGCUGCCUGCGCUUGAUGUGCCAGAGCCUCAAGUUCCCUACAUCUACAUGGUGGGCCAACAUGUAACCUGGAGCUGCAAGUUCUGUUUGUGUUUCAACCCCGCCGUUCCCUCUCGCUUCGUGGUUUUCGCGUUCGUUGAGAGAGGCCACACCAUAGUGGCAGUAAGGGUCUACUCAUCCGAUACCGGAGAAUGGAUUUCCACAGAGAGCGGUGGCCAUAUCGUGGCAUAUGGUGGUGAACAACUAUAUGACUUUUUCAAUUAUACCCUGUAUUUCAGAGCCUAAGAUCAUGGAGAUGGCAGGUUCUAUCCCAGGGGGAGACUAAUACCCUCAAUAUUUACAGUGGACACGGACGGGGAUACUUGGAGGAGAAUUCCAAUGCCACCCGAAGCUCAUUUUUCUUUCAUUGGGCACUCUCAGGGACACUUAUACGGUAUGGGCAUAGAGCAUGUUAAUGAUUGCGUGCUAUCGGUUUGGGCUCUCAAGGAUUAUCCCAGUGGAAAGUGGACCUUAAAACAUACUGCCAGCAUCUUGAAACUGCUAGGAAGGUCUUAUCGUGAGCUCGGUGAACAAUAUAUGGUGGCUGCGGUCCAUCCAGAAUGUAACCUGAUCUUCCUUGUUGGUUGGAUGAGAUCGCAAGAGACACUUAUGUCGUAUGAUAUGGAUAGUCAGAAACUGAACGUUAUCUGCACUCUUGACGAUUACCACAUGUCAACGCUCCGACCUUACAUUCCCUGCUUUGCGGAAUGGCCGCCGUCAGAUGCUCACUGAAUCCGAGAGCAGCUUCACAUUUGCUAAGUUGGCAUGGCUCCUUCAUGGAAACCUGUUGUUGGGCCACAUCAAAGGAGAUAAUGUCUUGAUUCUUCCACUCUACCAACUUUGAGUGUGUUUUCAUGCUCAGGAUUUCAGAAUGACAACAAAUAGCUGGAAUUUCCUGCCUGGUUAGUUGAGUGUCUAGAACACAAUGUUCCUUGAGCAACUUGCACAGCUUUCCUUUAUUGAUUUGAGUGAUGUGAUGCAUCCAUCCCCUUGCUGCAAACAUGGUACUAUUUGAGAGAAUUUAAGUCGGUAGCAUGAUAACUUCACUUGUUUGUUGGAUGCUGAACUUGGCAUAAAUCCAGAAACGUGUCAUGUGUGUACAUUCUUUUAAACAUAAUGCCCAUAGCAGUUAAUUCGUCAAUCGUAAAUAUUCUAUUCUGAUCUCUAUCUUUGCCAGCGUGAUGCACUUAAAAAGCAAAAUUACUUCUGAUGUCGAGGUGAGGUAAUCUUUCACUUGUUCUACUCACAGUGCUGUGAGGUAAGUCGGUUACUUGCAGUUAAAACUUCACUUUACAUCCAGAUUUGUGUUUUUGAGUUUGGAUCCAGUGACCAUAGUUUUCUGUUCUCCUUUUCUGGCAACAACUGGGAGCUCUGAAAAAGUUGGACACCAACAGAUAACAUAUAAAUGAAUUGGUCAAUGGAUGAAAAUAAAUUUCCAAUUUAAUCCUGAAGUUACAUUAUAGUUGUUCAGGUAAUGUCAUUUUAAUUGUUUGAGCCUGAAGCUCAUACACGAGCUUUAGCUUUGAGCUGACUUUCCCCUGUUAUUCAUCGAUUAUGAUGUUCCCAUCUCUGAAUUUUAGGAGAUAAGCAAUGUCUUCUUUUGUUUUCCGUUGCCUAAGGCUGACCAUGGGAUAUGUUCCGCACCAUGGUGACUAUUGCAUCUCUAAUAGUUUGCAUUUCCAGUAUGCUUAUGACAAGCUUAAUUUGAAAACAGAAUCAAACAACAUGUACACAAAAUUACAAAAGACACCUCAAAUAAAGCAAAUAAAGUUGAUGUACAUUGACUACCAAUAGUACAAAGCAGAACGCAAGGAUUGUUACUUUAGAAUUUCAAGAGAGAUCAACCAAUACAAUAAUAAGCAUGCAGAAUGCCACGAUAACAUUAAAAGGCAUAAUUUGUCUGAUAAUGGUGGCCACAAUCUUCCAUUUUGCAACAUUCCUUCUCGCAUUCUAGAAGUUGACUUCUGUCAAUACUCAAGCUUUGAUGUGGACUUCUUGUUACAGUGAGUAAUCUCUACAAAGUGAUUUGGCCUUAGUGGGAGCUGAACUGGGAAAUGUACCUAACUGCAUUUUAAUCAGAGAAUUGCUUGUCUGGCAAAACAUCAGUUUUAUAGAGGAUGCGGACUACAUAGUACCUGCAUAUUUGCUCUGCCAUUGUGUAUCCUCUUGACAGGAGUGGUAUUGGAGCUAGCCUUUUGAUAUAUAAUAAAGCAAAAACAAGCAUGUAGUAGAUAAAGUUUUAAGAAGAAUAUUUUUUUACUGUUCUCGUAUCCUCCCUAGCUGUAUACUUUUGAGAAACGACAAAUCUGAUAUUUUGUACAUGUGCCUUUUCGAGAAUGUUUUCUGACUUUGUAGAAACUUCACUUUUCAUAGGAGCAUGUGCAAUGAGGCGGCGAAAAAUAUGCAGUAGGGAGGAAUAUGCAGGCUUCUAGUACUAGGGCAGAGCAUAAGCAUAGCCUACGAUUUCCCGUGUGAGAAAAGCUUGAUCAGGUGGCUGAUGAACCUGUCUCCUGAAAUAGCUUCAUCUAGCCUGAUACAGCCCCAAACUUCUAAUCUUAGACAGGGACAAGAAUGGCAUAUAGAUCAUAUAUUUUAGCAGAGCUGCCCCCCACAUCGUCCAUCCCAAUCAUUAUAAAAUGCAAGGGAGAAUGGUAUAUGAUUCUCGCUGUAUAUAGUGGGUUGGCACCCAGAAAAACCAGAUGCAGACCUUUGCAUCACUCUGGUAUCGAAUUACCACAAUUUAAUUGAGGUCAAUUUAUGCUUGUGUUAUUUUAGCACCGUUAAAUUUCCACCGUCGAGAAGGGAUCAACUGGGUCCCAUUUCUGAAAGCAAUUAGGCAUAUGUACAAAGGUUCCAACCUUUGCUCCAAGCAAACCUAGAGUAGAAGUUGGUUAUGAGAAAGCUCACCAUAAAUAAAUAUAAAAGAUUGCCGUUGUCUUGUUUCAGCAAAAAAUAUUUCUAUUGUCAAACAAUGUAAGGUGACUGAGUUUCGCAUUUGAUGACAAAACACACUCAAGCUUUAGAUUCAUUCCAGCAAGAUCUUUUAACCAUUUGCGCCAGUGAAAGUAAGAAGAGAACCAUAUGAUGUCUAUAAGACUUGAAAUACUCUGCUUUAUAUAAGCACUUAUGUUGCUACAGAGUACUUAGGUCUCAGGAAUAUGUACCUUCAUGAAGAGUGCACCACGUUUAUGCUGCAAGCUGCCUUGCAUUUCAGCCGAUAUGGUUCCCUAAUCGAUGCUGAUUGGGUAUCGGCUCUUGAUAGGUACUCCUGGCAAAAUAGUCACUCUUCCUUGGCUCUGUAUCCUGAUUGUAUCCUGAAACAAGUUGCGGUAUACAAUUCUUUCCGCACUGAAAUUCCACCAGCAGAAAUGGUUUCUGAAAGUCCAUGGAUUAGUGAUACUUGAGCAUGCAAGUCGUGCCAAUUCGUGGGCAGAAGAAAGCAGUGGGCAUUAAUACUCCAUGCAACAAGCAGGGAAAUUCUUGGUUGGCUGUAAAAUGGGAUCAAAGGGAGAGGAAACAACAUUUGAUUAUUUUUGUUCCCUCUCCACUGUCAAAGAUGCAUCUUAUCAACCUUUGCAUGAAAUGGUAGGUCUCACCAUCACCGUUUCUGUCUCAAGGCUGUUCCAGAUUCUCUUGUCAUGACAGCUGCAGUGAGCACGGUGUGAAAAAACCGCACUGUCGUGUGAUCAAUGCAGAUUCCAGGGAUUGUUCGACAUAUAUUCCCUUCUUCAGUGCUUCAGGCCUCCACUAUAAAUACAGCCAAAUGGGGAUGUGGACUUCAUACACUUCCUUACGUCUAAGAUCAUACAAACUAAAGCAUCACCUAGUGCUCUUGUUGCAGAGACAACAGAAGCCAUGAGCUAUUAUGGAAGCAGCUCUUCUGGUGGCAGGGGUGGCCGUCGAGUCGAGUAUGGGAGGAGCUAUGUGGUGAGGCCAAAGGGACGGCACCUAGCCACCAUUGUGUGGCUCCAUGGCCUAGGUGACAAUGGUGCAAGCUGGUCCCAGCUCCUGGAUGCUCUUCCCUUGCCCAAUAUCAAGUGGAUAUGCCCCACCGCAGCGACCCGGCCCGUCGCGGCUUUUGGCGGCUUCCCCUGCACUGCAUGGUUUGACGUUGAUGACACUUCGGUCGAUGGUCGCGACGACAUCGAGGGGCUGGAUGCUUCAGCUGCACACAUAGCGAACCUACUGUCCUCCGAGCCUUCUGAUGUGAAGCUUGGGAUCGGCGGUUUCAGCAUGGGUGCAGCAGCUGCCCUGCACUCGGCAGCAUGCUACGCUCAUGGCAAGUUCAGCAGCGGCACCCCCUACCCGAUCACUCUCAGCGCAGUCAUCAGCUUGAGCGGCUGGCUCCCUUGCUCAAGGUCAGUCAGUCAGUCAGUCAUCUGCCACAGAACCAGGCACUUUUUGCUCCUAAUUCCUAAACAAACCCUGAUGAUCUUUGGUGAAUUCAGGACACUGAGGGGCAAGAUGGAGGGCUCACACAUGGCAGCAAGAAGAGCCGCCUCCCUGCCCAUCCUGCUCAGCCAUGGCAGAGCGGACGAGGUCGUGCCCUACAGGAACGGGGAGCGGUCGACCGAGUUCCUGCGGUCCUCGGGGUUCUCGUAUCUGACUUUCAAGUCCUACAACGGGUUGGGCCACUACACCAUCCCCGAAGAGAUGGACGACGUCUGCAGGUGGCUCAGCUCACGGCUCAGCGUCGACCGAUCUCGUUAAAGAGAACAGCGCUUCUGUCAUUCUGCGUGUGCGCGCGACGCGGUGGCUUCCCUAGUAGCAUAUAGCAGUGUAAACUUACUAUAGAGAGGUGAAUGCUGGUUUGGUAGCUUGUGACAGCACCACAUGCCCCUGAUCUCUACAGGCUGCCAUUGCUGCUCUAAGCAAGCAACCAUGAGUGCUGUGUAGUAAACUGGUGAAGGUGUGAGAGCAUAUUUAUCAGAAUUAUGUAAUGUAACCAGUGCUUGUUUUGUAAUGCAAAAAUAACCAUCUAUACAGAUCAUACUAUUCAUGCUACCAGUGCUCUUUUGGGUUUCAAAGACUUUGUCACAAUGUUCCUAGAAUAUCAGAGAAAAA